AUGGAUGGCAGAACGUCUCCCAAGAGACGACACAUUCUUUCCUCCAUCAACCCCGAGAAUUCAUCGCAUCCGCUCUUGAGGCAUCGAUCCACGGAGCGCCGCCUACGCUCCGCAACUCCGCCUUCGCGGUCGCCACGAGACAAGCCAGCAGCCAAUGGCGAUACGAAGGAAAUCGACGAUGGCGACACGACGCGUCCAAGGCGUAGCCGUCUGAAGCUGAAAGGCGAGGGUUCUAGUCGUAGCCAUCGCAGUCAUCGUAGCAGCCGGCGGCACUGCUCGCGAGAAGACUACAACAAUGAUGAGCCACAAGAGUCUUCACGUCGUCGUCGCCACCGUUCGCGAGACGGCCGCCAUGAUCAUGAUGAAGGAAAAGAUUACUCACGCCGACAUAGCCAUCGUCAUCGGCAUCGGCAUCGACGACGCAGCCGCUCACCUACCCCGCCAAACCCAUAUGAGGAGGAGCCGCUUGACCCAGAAGCGGCAUUCCGCGAGUCGCUAUUCGACGCCAUGGCAGAUGAAGAGGGCGCUGCCUACUGGGAGGGUGUCUACGGACAACCGGUCCAUAUCUACGAGCAAGACAAGGUCGGCCCGCAAGGCGAGCUAGAGCGCAUGACGGACGAGGAAUACGCAGCCCACGUGCGGCAGAAGAUGUGGGAAAAGACGCACGCCGGUCUGCUGGAGGAGCGCGCACGGCGCGAAGAACGUCGUAAGCAGAAAGAAGAGGAGGCCCGCCACAACAAGAAGCUACACGAGGAAAUGGAGCGCAGCCUUCGCCGCGGCGAGGCACGUCGCGAGCGGAGAUACUGGGCGCGUCGCUGGGAGGAUUACACUGCGUCGUGGGAGAAUUGGGACGGGGCGGCCCGGACCAUGGCCUGGCCAUGGAAGGGCGGUGUGGCCAAGCGCGCCGCGGGCUGGGGCAUCGUCGAAGACGGCGAGGAGGAAGAGAUUGACGAGCAGGAGGUGCGGGAGUUCUUCGUCCACGGACUGGCGGCGGACGAGAUCGGCGAGGCGGCCUUUGUGUCCAAGCUGAAGGAUGAGCGUGUGCGGUGGCAUCCGGACAAGAUUCAGCAGCGUCUGGGAGGUAAAAUGGACGACAAGGUGAUGAGAGAUGUCACGGCGAUUUUUCAAAUCAUCGAUAGACUAUGGGCUGAUAUGCGACAAAAGGAGUAG